AUGAAACAAGAUCAGAGGCCAGCCAUGGAGAGCAUGGAGGCUAAGAAAAAGCGGCGAGAGAUGCUUUUGGACGAUGGAAGCAUCCCGCAGGUCGACGUGAAUUGGCUAUUCACGGGGAACUCCAAGGCGCCCGAUCCGUCGCGGUGCGGCAGAGUGCCCUCCCUGGAGAACCUGUCGGUCCUCCCGCAGAGCGGGCACGAGGCGCGGCAGGAGCGGCGGAACUCGGAGGCGUGCAGCGUGCCCGCGAGCCAGCAGAACGAGACGGCCCUGCGGCGCACGCAGUCGCUUUCCACCGACAGCAAGGGCCACACGUCGAACGGCACGCGGAAGAGAAGCUUCCUGACCCGCAUGUUCGGCCGCAGGAAGGACCGCCAAAUGCGGUCCUCGCCGGCGGCGCGGUCAGAGCAGCGGACGGGCUCGAGUGCUGGGGCGCACUGCGUCCAGGCGUCUUUCGACGAGAGCGGCCUGAUGCGCAUGCAGACAGAGCCCGCCAAGGGGCGGGAGGAAGAGCGACUCCGGGAUUUCCUGCGGUACUACGGCAAGGUGGGCUUUGAGACGUUCCAGCGGCAAUUGGCAGAGAAAGCACGGUCUACUGCUGCGAGGCCCACCGGGCAUUUAGCGCCGUCGUUUGAGGGAACCCAGCCCCUCAAGGACCCCGGUUGUUUCGAGCACUAUUUCGAGCACUAUCCCGUGGACCGGCUUGGCCGUCGGAUUCCGCCGCACCCAGAUGCUCACAGGUUUCCAUCGAUCCUGAAACACGUGAAGCGAAGUGCGUAUUCAGAUGGCACGAUACCUAGAGUAAAAGCCGAAAAUGCAACUACCAACAAAUUUGAAGCCCUGUUGCGGAAAGUGGCCUCAUACUCGAGCGAUGAGUCUCCCAGCGGAUCCGUUGGGUUAUAUGGUGACACGGAAACAAAUGGCAUAUACGGACUCGGGAACAAUGGGCCGGCCAAGUAUAGUAACAGUUUUCACGACAUUCCCGGCCUUGAGGAACAGAAACCGCUGAAGCGAGUAUCCUUUGCGCGUAAUACCUAUUUCAACAGCCCCCCGCAGCAGAUAUGCUCGCGGAACCCCCGCAAAGGGGAGGUGGAGGUUAAGGCUGAUGGAUCAGUUGUGAUUCACAAAUUAACUGCCUCCGAGCGCCGCAUUUUAAUUCAAAACUCCACAGGUGGACUGGUGGUAGGGGGGUCUGGCCAUUUGAAGUUGAUUAACCCCUUCCAAACUACAGAUGAAGGCGAACAUGACCACGACAAGCUACAUGAGACAUAUGAUACUCCGGUUAAGAGACCUUCUUCCCCACCGCCCCCUUCCGCCGGGUCAGGCAAUUCAAGUUCUUUGUCAGACUCCUCCCUCUCUGUGGAAUCCAUAGCUAGCGGGAGUUCCGAGAGUCUGCUGCCGCCGCGAAUGCCUAAUAUACCAAAUGACAUGCUAUACACAAGGUGUUGCUACCUACGCGAGAUUCUUCCAAUCCCAGCUAUGCUAAAGCAGCUGAAGCCCGGUUCUUCAGACCCGAUCCCUCUGUUACAGCUUCGGAAUCCCAAACCGUCCAUGAUAGAGAUUCUUUCACUGGGAGACUUUUUGUCGAUAGCUCCUGUGUUAUGCUUUUCUAUGGACGGCGUCUCACUCAGCGUCCAAAUGCUCCAUAUCAUCCUCAGCUCUUUAAGGUGCAUGGGCCGCCUAGAAAAGCUUUCUAUGCGCAAUACCCCACUUGAUGAAGAAGGCUGGAAAACCCUUGCCUAUUUUAUCUCUUCGAGCAAAACCCUACGCGGACUAGACUUAACGAUGAUCCCUGGAAUACCUUUAAAUGUUCAGAAACCCUCUAAAUCAUCUGGCCAGUGUUCUAUACCGAGGAUGAAGUGCGAUUUGACUUCUAGGGCUGAACAAAACUGGAACCUCUUCACAGCAGCUAUUGCUAUAAACGGAAAUCUAGAAGAACUUAUUAUUUCUGGGGCUAAGAUAUCGUUGGGCCAGUUCAAGAUAUUGCUAGACAUCGGCUGUCACUCUUUGGAAAGACUUGGGCUAGCAUUCAAUGACUUAUCGCAUGGCCAUUGCGAGGCCCUUGCUUCAUGGCUACCUGGCUGUAAGGUCACCGGUUUAGAUAUUGGGUUCAAUCCUCUAAACGGAAAAAUGCGACCCUUGGCAGAGGCCUUAAUGCGGAAGAGCAAAGUAGGCAAUAAUUCAAUUGCCUGUAUUUCUUUAAACUCAACUGACCUAGCAAUCCCCCCUAAUGCUACUGUGGAAACUAGUGAUGUGGUUGCACUGUUGAGCGCACUUGGCUACUGUGAGAAUUUGAAAUUUUUGGACCUGUCCAAUAAUCCAAAUAUGUUCAUAUAUGGUAUGAAACCACUCACUGACAUUUUACCCGUAUUGGUAGGGUUUGCCAGGCUUCAGCUGGAUUAUAAUAAUUUGUCCAGCACUAGCAUUAUUACACUGGCAGAGGUUUUACCGAUGUGCACUACAAUAGGCUAUUUAUCAUUGGUGGGAAGUAAACUAGAUACUUCCUCCGGUGCUGCUCUCGUGCUGGCACUCAAGAAGAGUGGCUCCUUAUUUACCAUUGAUGCCGACUUUAGCGAAAUGCCUGACGCAAUUAGGCAUGACGUAUCGAUAUAUUCCUUGAAGAAUCUAGAAAAUGUGCUAGAGCUCAGUAAAACAGGUCAUGAUAUGGGAAAAUCUACAUCACUGCAACAGGAACUGGCGGUUUUAUUGGCUGGAAAGACCCAAGACAAGGAAGACUACGAUCAUUUAGUCGAAAGCUUUGCUAAGCGCAUAUGCGAUAUUCGGAAACGUUUGAAAACCGUUACAAAGGAUUUAUUCAAGCUCAGAGUAAGGGGCGAACUAAGCACUGAAGGGAAGGAGACAUUGAUUCGCUUUUGUUUUCUUGAUUCCAGUUUUGAAAAGGCCUUGGGCUUGUUGGCACAAAGGGAUAAGAGCCAGGCCUUAAUAUGGAAACAAUUUUUAAAUGAAUCUGAAGGAUCUAGCCCUGACACAGCGAAAGCGGCAGAAGAUGAGCUAAAAAAUAUGGACAGCGAAGCAGAUAGCUGUAUCCGCCAUGUCCCAUCUAUCAACGGCCUUUCCUCCAAGACGUUCCGCGAGAGUGGUCAUGCUGCGCUAUUGCCUUUUCAGCAGCCCCCUAUUGAGAAACUAGUUCCAGCGGAUGACGCGAUUGAGCUUCGUUGCUCUGCCCACUCUGCGUCUUCGCACGCUGACGAACAGACCAGGGAGGAAGGUGAGAUGUUGCGUAAGACCCAUGGCAUUAUCAAAGGUCUCGAAAAAUCAGCGAAGGACCGUGGUACCCCAUUGUACACUGAGACGCUAAAAAAAAUAGGCGAGGGUUAUGAUUGUGACACGAUUAAAAAAUUCCUUUUGGGCAGGGAUGUCAAUGACAUUAUUGCCAUUUUGGAUGAGCUUCAAACCUCCGGUGUUGGCAUCGACGACAUAUUCAAAAAAGGACGUUUUAACUCCGAUCAAAAUAUACAUACAAAAUUAUCCAAUGCUGAGAGACCAGUGCAGCUAAGUUCUGCUAGCGAACUUCAGCUUGGUGCUUCGGUGGAGCCGGACGAUGACAAUACUUAUUCGGCUCUCAUAGAUCGCGCAUAUGACGAUGUUCUAGACGAUCUGGAGAGAACUAGGUCAAAUCAUGAAAGAGCUUAA